AUGCGCACUGCAGCGGUCAGGGCUCUGCGCAAUGCCAGGCUAUCUACCAAGGCUUCAAGGCCCGCGGUGAGGAACUAUGCUACCGUCAGAGAUCCCAUGCACAAAGACCCUGUUGAACUAGAUCACAUUACACAGUUGCCAAAUGGCAUUCGAGUCGCUACAGAAUCACUCCCGGGUCCGUUCUCGGGCGUUGGCGUCUACCUCGAUGCUGGUUCACGAUACGAGGACGACUCUCUUCGAGGUGUCAGUCAUAUCGUGGACCGUCUAGCCUUCAAGUCGACAAAGUCAAGGACCGCAGACCAGAUGUUGGAGGCGUUGGAAUCGCUAGGAGGAAACAUUCAAUGUGCUUCUUCCAGGGAAGCUCUGAUGUAUCAGUCCGCAACAUUUAAUGCCAGCGUCCCCGACACUAUCGCCCUGCUCGCCGAAACAAUUCGAGACCCUUUGAUCACAGAUGAAGAGGUGGCACAACAACUGGAAACCGCCGAGUAUGAGAUCCAGGAAAUAUGGGCCAAGCCAGAUCUGAUCAUUCCCGAACUAUUGCACAUGGCCGCGUACAAGGACAACACAUUAGGCCAUCCUCUUUUGUGUCCUCGAGAGAAAUUGCCUUACAUCACAAGAGAGCUUGUUGAGAAAUAUCGAAGUGUUUUCUACAAGCCGGAGCGGAUAGUGGUCGCUUUCGCCGGUAUUCCCCACGAGGAAGCGGUUCGUUUGACGGAAAAAUACUUUGGAGAUAUGGUAAAAUCUGAAAGACCAUCGCUCUCACAGAAUACGUCGCAAACGGCCGAGUCAAGCUCGCAGCAGCCAAAUACACAACAACCACUUCCACCACAAUCUCCCGCCAGCAGGCUUUUAUCCAAGAUUCCUGGUUUCAACAGCUUCUCCACCUCAGCGCCUCACCAAGCAACUGUAGCACCUCUCGACCCAUCUCUAAUUCAAUCGCCUCCAGAAUCUCUUCUCGCGAUGCCAUCCCAUUACACGGGGGGCUAUCUCGCGCUCCCAACGCUACCUCCACCACCAAACAAAUUCACGAUCCCCCUCUCUUACGUUCAUGUCGCGUUUGAAGGCUUGCCCAUUUCUUCAGAAGAUAUCUAUGCUCAGGCUACGCUUCAGACUCUGCUUGGUGGUGGUGGGUCAUUUUCGGCUGGCGGGCCCGGUAAAGGAAUGUAUUCUCGACUAUACACCAAUGUUCUCAAUCAGCACGGAUGGGUCGAGAGCUGUGUGGCUUUCAACCACAGCUAUACCGAUAGUGGUCUCUUCGGUAUUGCCGGGGCUUGUGAACCCGGUCGAGUCGGUCAUAUGGUGGACGUGAUUUGCCGUGAACUACAAGCGCUCACGUUAGAAUCCGGCUUCUCCAGUUUGAACCUUGCCGAAGUCAAUCGAGCCAAAAACCAGCUGCGGUUUAGCCUUCUGAUGAACCUUGAGUCGAGGCUGGUUGAACUGGAGGACCUUGGCCGGCAAGUUCAGGUUCAUGGACGAAAAGUCGGUGUCAAGGAAAUGUGCGAAAAAAUCGAUGCUCUUACAGUCGCUGAUUUGAGACGAGUGGCCACGCAAAUAUUCACCGGUAAGGUGGACAACAGAGGCCACGGCACUGGCGCACCGACCGUGGUCAUCCAAGAGGGGGAAGACUUGAGUGGGAAAAAGGUCAGGCAAAUACCAUGGGAGGAUGUACAGUCGCGCAUUGCCAGAUGGAAGCUGGGACGACUGUAG